AUGCGACAUAAUAAUGCGAAUCCAGAUGAUGAUGUUGGACUUGAACUUGAUCCUCUGUUUGAAGAAGAGGAAACGGGUUUUGCUACAUGUCAAGAUCCAGAAUCAAAAAUUCAAGAAUUAAACAGGGAAAUCCGGGAACUACGUGAAGAAAAUGAAAAUGAAUUGGAUGACCAUCGACGGGAAUUGGCCGAUGCAAAUGAUUUGAGAAGCGGGCCUGAUGUUCUGGAAAAUUUUGAUGAUGAUACUCGUCUUCCACCUCAAAGAGUACGUCGUCGUGUUCAUCGUCCACAAGCGCAGGGAAUUUGUAAAGUCAGAAAGGAACCAAUUGCCGAUCUCGUUGAACGACGACCUCGUGUACGUCUACACGAUGAACCGAGAGUGCCGCGCGUUGGAAAAAACGAAGUUGAACCAGAAGAGCGAGCUGUGAACCCACUAGAAAGAAAUCUUCGAGACGUAGAACUGGAUAAUGGUGAAGCUAGACAAGCUGAAAUUGAACAAGACAUCGAUACUAAUACUGAUGUUAAUGGUGAAUAA